AUGGUUGGUGAGCAUGCCCUUUUCCCGGGCAUAUCGCCUGCUGGUAACCCGAUUGGCCACAGUAAAAGCAGCAUCCCUCCUGCAGGCGGCACCGUCUUUCCUCUGGAGAAAUCCUUGUUCUUCCGAGCUGCAUUGGCUCCUCCGGUGCCUGUGAUGGCUCUGUUCCUGCUGGGCUUGAUGAGGAGGGGAACAAGGGAUCCCAUGAAGGCUGCCUACCCAGAGAGCGCCCCUGGUGGCUGGGGUGUCUUGUUGCAGUUCGGCGCCGUUCUCUCUCUUUCUCUGAGGCGGUUAUCAACUCGGAUAGACAUGGAGAUCAGAGAUUCAUGGUCUUGUGGUAGUUCUAGUGGAGCCAGGUGGUUUCUGAGACAGGGCGACUUCUUCGAGCACGAGAAAACGUUCCUGCUGGAAUAUCACAACCGAGUGAAGGACACCUCGGCCAAGUCCGACCGGAUGAUCCGCUCACACAAAAACGCUGCAGACGACAUCAACAGAAUCGCCUUGUCUCUUUACACGUUAGGAACGCAGGACUCCACCGACCUCUGCAAGUUCUUCCUCAAAGUGUCUGAGCUGUUUGAGAAGACCCGGAAAAUCGAGUCUCGAGUCGCCACUGAUGAAGACCUGAAGCUGGCCGACCUGCUGAAGUAUUACCUGAGAGAGUCUCAGGCCGCUAAGGACCUGCUGUACCGCAGGAGUCGGGCUCUGGUGGAUUAUGAGAAUGCGAAUAAAGCUCUGGAUAAAUCUAGAGCGAAGAACAGAGAUGUCCUGCAGGCGGAGACCAGCCAGCAGCUCUGCUGCCACAAGUUUGAGAAGAUCUCAGAGUCCGCCAAGCAGGGCCGAACAGGAGAUCCACAGGGAGACGAGGUUGACGACCAUAGAGCAGAAACGUUCGCAGCAUUUGUAACAGAGUUCGGUUGA